CUGAAGUGAUUUUCUUCCCGAACUCUUUCCAAACACUGCAAACCAACCAACCUAUACUAUAGGAUGUCGUGUGAGCGUGUAAAAGUCUCGCUUGUUCUGAAAACGAUCGGUAACGCGUUUGUUUCAUUUUUCAUGUUCUUUGCCUUACUGUUACCCAGAUCCAGGAUCAACUUGCCUCCUUCGCCUCUGCGUAUUGUAUUUUCUGUUUUACUUUCAGCUUUUGGCUGCUUUGGUUAUCCAUCCCUCUCUCUCUCUCUCUCUCUCUCUCUCAUGCUAAGCUUGAUCUAGGUUUUUGUUUAAAAGAUUACAGGGUUGGGUUUGGCUGAUACCCUUCCUCGAAUAUUAGUAUUUAUAUUAUCUCGUAUGAUGCAGUCUGAGAUUCGUUGACUUCGUUUAAAUUCAACUGAUACCGGGCUCAUAGACCCAUUUCCAUCUCAAUGCCCUGGAGAUAUUUGGUCUAUGCUUCUUUUCCAUGUUAGAUAUGGAGCUGUAUUCAAUCGCAGCUAACCUUGUAUAAAAUUGGCAACAUCCGUUGAAUUCAAUAUUUCCAAGCUAUUCAGAGUUCAUCAAUCACCUCGUGCAAAUGGUUGAUUAUUCAUCCAAAAAGUGAAAAAAAAGACGCAUGUUCUUGUUUGGAGUUCAGCAGCGGAAGACUAUUGUAGUCUCUGAUUUCAGGUGAAGAAGUGAUUAGUAGUCUUAGUAGAGCUUUGAGGGCACAUUAUGUGGAACGGAACUCAGAGUGUGGGUGAAUGUUCUAGCUCAAAUUCCUUGAGUAGUCAGCAGGAUGUUGAGGAUGAUCGGAUGAUUGCUGUUGUACUAUCUGAAGAGUAUGCCAAGUUAGAUGGGGCAGUUGCUAGACGCCUUCCCAAGCUGGCGCCUGUUCCUCAUGUGCCACGAAUAAAUUCCUACAUCCCCAACUUAAGUGACGCAAGUUUGGAUCACCAACGCCUUCUCCAAAGGCUGAACGUCUAUGGUUUAUAUGAAGUGAAGGUUUCUGGGGAUGGAAACUGCCAGUUUCGUGCACUUUCAGACCAGAUGUACAAGUCACCUGAGUAUCACAAGUAUAUUCGGAAGGAGGUCGUGAAGCAGCUCAAAGACUGCUGUGCUUUAUAUGAAGGCUAUAUCCCCAUGAAGUAUAAACAUUAUUACAAGAAAAUGGCCAAAUCUGGGGAGUGGGGGGACCAUGUUACCUUACAGGCAGCAGCUGAUAAGUUUGCAGCGAAGAUAUGCCUUUUGACAUCAUUCAGAGAUACUUGUUUUAUUGAAAUCAUGCCACAGUACCAGGCACCUAAACGUGGUAAGACUGGAAAGAUGAGUACUGUCCUUACUCCAUGUGACAAUUUUGUUUGGAUAACAUCUCAGUACAUGAAAGCAUUCAUGACUCCCAGGCUUGCUUGCCACCAUACUGCAUCCAAUUUCACCAAAUCAAUCCUGCUUCUGACGCACUACUGAUAUUUUUUUCCCUAUGUUUUUACCAUGUGGAUCACUGUUAGGAAAAAAGGUUUUCAAGUGCUCUCUAUGUGCAGGAUGUAGUGGUGGUUGUUUUUUUGUUUGGGCAGGAAUCACAACUUCCAUCAUUGACUCCGGUCUCUAAUGUGUUCAUGGGAUACUUCAAUUAUAAGUUAUAACCCUAACUUUAUUUUCUAGCAUACUUGGUAUACUUUUCACUUUGUAAGUAGCAUAGCAGGAGCCAUCGGAUUGAGAGAUUUUUCUCUUGAAUUACCCGAGGUGCAAUUGCUGGAAACUGAUUGUCGAGAGCCUGUGCACCCCCGGGAUUAUUCAGAACACCGUUCCCAGACACCCAUUGCCAAUUAAAAAAAAAAAAAAAAAAAAAAGUAGCAUAGUAGACAAUAGGUUUUUGCAUGAGUUUGGCUUCAUUUUGUAUCCCUCCAAAACUCCUGUACUUGUAAGGAUUAUAAAUAAAGCUUCUUUUAUAUUAUAUAUAUAUAUAUAUAUGCUCAUGGAAUAAAGUUUGUGG